AUGACAUUCAUUGGCUAUUCCGAACAGCAUAAGAUCUACCGGUUCGUGGACCUGGAGACGGAGAAGGUGACGAUUAGCCGCGACGCCAAGUUUCUGGAGCUUGAGGAGGAGGAAACCAUGCCUCAGCACCAACGGAGAACUGUGCCGGAUCCGAUAGACGACGAUGUGAACUGGAUUCCGCUGCGGGAGUCGGAGCGCGCGGUUCAGCAGCAGGAGAUUGUUGAACCCGAGGACAAUGUCAGUGAGGAUGCAGACAGUGAAGAGCAGAGUGAGAGUGAGCAGCUCUACGGCAUGAAUGAUUCCGGUGUUUCCGGAGUAGACCUGCUGGCGAUCAAGACGGAGCCACCUGAAGAGUCGGACGAUCUUGAAGAAGUUCUAGAGCGUGUUCCCGAAGCUGGUGCACCAACGGGGAGGAAUCGCGGCAAGUUGCCGAAGCACUUGGAGGACUACGACGCGAGUGUAGCUACCUUAGUAGUGGUGGAACCAACGACCUUCAACGAAGCGAUGUAG